AUGGAUCUGGAGGACGAAACAAAACCCGAGUUCCCUAAAGGUGGGAACAGAAAGCCUAAGGGCAUGGAACAAAGCUGUCGUAUUUCAUUAAAGUCAUCUCCACACAUCUAUGGUCGCGAAAACAGCGGAUUCAAUUAGGUCCCGAAUUGGCCAUAAACCCGAGGACCGUCAAGAGUCCCCGGCUCCGGCUCGAGCACAGCGUCAUGGAGGAGAGAAGGUGAGUAAUGAUUUCAAGGUUUGAAGUUUGCAACAAAUCAACAAAAUAAAAAAUCCCAAUUUAAAAUUGAAAAAAACCAUUCAAAAACACGCUCCAAACCCUAGAUAACUUGCAAGCCAAGAACAAUGUUCUUCAUUUCCCAUUAUUAAUUGUUUUCUUACUAUUGCAGCUAAAAGAUCGUGAGAAACCACGAUAGAAUUCUGGAGGUGGACAUGGGAAUGUAAAAAUGUAUAUAAGCAGUUGAUUUGUAGUAGAUUUCGGUCAUAUAAAUAGAAGUGUAAAGUGACGAUUACAGUUGGACUGACGUGCAUUCGUAUAAGGAUGGAGCUGCCGAAGACCCCCUUAACCGCAUCAUGUUUACUUUGACCAGACGUUUCACGCCAGAAUUGGAAAUAAAACAAACAGAAAAGUGUAAUGAAAGGAGCUAUGAGAUUUGA